CUAGCAUAUAUGCAGUACCUGGAGUAUGCAGUUGCAGGGGACAAUACUGUAUCGAAAUGCUGAGUGCCGUGAAGAAUAUGAUGCUUCCCUUCCUUUGUUCAACCGUCGGACUUGAUAAAGACAGCGGUGCUUCCCUUUUCCUAUAGAGGAGAGGUAGGUAGGUAGUGCCAUCUCACCUCGGCUGACCCACGACGAUGCAGUGAGACAAGACACCAUCAUCUCAAGUGUUGGACCAUUCCGUCCCCUCUUUUAAUUUUCUCUCCGGAUUAACUCCAGUCUUUCUUUAACUCUCAACUACUGUGGUACACAUCGAUGGCGACCAUCGACUCUCUCCUCUUCAACAUCUCCUCCUUCAUCGCCGGCCUGUUCCUCCUCGAAUAUGGCGCCGACAAGUUCAUCGACCACACGGCCAUCGUUGCCAAGAGACUCAAUGUCUCGCCCACUCUUGUCGGACUCUUGACCUGCGGCGCCGAAUGGGAAGAGCUCGUCGUGAUCAUUGUCGCUCUGAGCCAAAAGAACUCGAAUAUGGCCCUGGGCAACUUGAUCGGUUCAUCCGUUGCCAAUAUUCUCGCAUCCUUUUCGCUGGGAUUGCUCUUCAUGAAGAAGGCCAAGUUCGAUCGCAGCUCCAAGAUCUACUCAACUGCUCUUCUCGGCCUGACAAUCGUCUUUUUGCUCCUGCUCAUUGCCCUCAAGGGGUCCUCUUUCCAAUGGUUUGGCGGUAUUCUGCUGAUCGUGGCCUUUGUGGUUUACGUUGUCUCUGUGGCGUCUCUCAUCUACCGAGGCACGCUCACGGCCCCCGAAGACUCGGACAGCGACAGCGACAGCGACAGCGACAGCAGCGACGAUGAUGGCGAUAAUGACAGUGACAGCGACAGCGACGACGACCGAACGAUCAAUGCCAAUGACAGCGACAGGGGGCGCUCCAGCGACGAAGAGCAAGCAUGGACUUCCGACAAGGGCCACCAACUCAACCUGCUUAAGCCUUCGCCGAACAAGAUGGCAAAGGUCAAGAAGUCCAAGGCCGUCAAGGUUACAAACAAACGCCCAAAGGCAAUGCGUCAUCAUGUCAUCCAACUUGCCCUCGGCCUCGCUGCCUUGCUUGUCUCUAGUUACAUCAUCGCACACAGCGCAUCGACUAUCGGUCACGAGCUGGCGCUGUCCGGCACCGUCGUUGGCACCACAAUUCUUUCGCUGGCCACCACUCUCCCAGAAAAGUUUGUCGCCAUUCUUGGAGGUGCCCGACACCAACCAGGCAUUAUGGUUGCCAAUACGGUCGGCUCCAACAUUUUCCUGGUCACUCUCUGUGGCGGAGUGCUGUUUAUAUGGGGAGAUGCCAGUCAGCUGCAGCUCGGCUUCACUCUCUUUGAAGCCACUGUAAUGUGGCUAUCGGCUGUGGUUAUCUUUGGCAUUGUGAUGAUGGGCGGGAGACGAUGGAUGGGCGUCGUAUUGCUCGUUGGCUACGUUGCUUUUUUGGUCGUGGAGAUCAUGAAUGGCCGCGAGCUUGACGAUGAAUGAGCAUCCGCGGAAAUAUCUUCUUCCUUUUCAACUUUUGCCAUUAUCUCGGCGGGUUGUGUGUGCUUAUAGAGGAUGAUUAGAGGUUUCGUGGGAGUAAUUCGGGCUUUCCCUGCAAGCUUUGUAUUUUUAUUGACCAUAUUCAAGACGAUAUGCUUGUCUUAUGCUUUCGCGCUCA